AUGGCACGUAAAAUUCUCUGCGUGGCAGAGAAGCCUGCCAUAGCUCGUGCCGUGGCCACGCAUCUGUCUGGCGGUUCCUUCCAGACCCAUGCAAUUCGUGGCAAUCAAUAUGUCAAGAACUAUGAGUUCGAUUUCAACUUCGGAGGUCCCUGGGGAAAUUGCUCUGUUACCAUGACCAGCGUGAUCGGUCACCUUACAGGCCUGGAUUUCGAACGUCAGUACAAGGGCUGGAUGUCUUGUCCUCCUGGGUCGCUAUUUGAAGCCCCAGUGCAAGAGUCUGUUGACAAGGACAAGCUGGCAAUAGCUGAGAACAUCCGUAACCAAGCCAGAUACAGCAAGGCACUCUUUAUCUGGACUGAUUGUGAUAGAGAAGGAGAGCAUAUUGGCUCCGAGGUCAGGAACCAGGCAAAGGCUGGAAACGCUCGUAUUGAAGUCAAACGAGCCAAAUUCAGCAACACGGAGAGGGCCCAUGUCCUGCGUGCUGCGAGGGAGCCCGUCGAGCUGGAUGAAUUUCAAGCUAACGCGGUGGCUGCUCGAAUUGAGCUUGACUUGCGAAUUGGCGCCGCAUUUACUCGUCUGCAGACUCUUCAGCUUCAGGCUGUCGUUGCAGCCUUAAAGGAGAAAGUCAUCAGUUAUGGAUCAUGUCAAUUCCCUACCCUGGGCUUCGUUGUCGAUCGGUAUCUGCGCGUGAAGAACUUCAAACCAGAAACUUUCUGGAGCAUCAAGGUCAUGCAUCAGCGAGAAGGGAAGAAAGUUAACUUCCUAUGGAAACGUGUUCAUCUAUUCGAUCGAGCGGCCGUCACAAUGAUGCUGGAGCGAUGCUUGAUGGCCAAGCAAGCCAAGGUCACAAAAGUCAAUUCAAAGCCCAAGAGUAAAUGGCGCCCCUUACCCUUGACAACCGUUGACCUUCAGAUGAUGGGCAGUCGUUUUCUUCGUAUGGACAGUCAGACCAUCAUGAAAGUGGCAGAGGCGCUUUACACCAAGGGUUAUAUCAGCUAUCCCCGAACAGAAACAGACCAAUUCGACAAGGCAAUCGAUCUGAAGAAGCUAGUCGAGAAACAAUACCCCGACGAUUCAUGGGGCCAAUACGCUCGAGACCUUAUCGACGGGAAGUUCAGGACCCCCCGGUCUGGCCGUCAUAACGACAAAGCCCACCCGCCCAUUCACCCCGUGUGCUGGGUCUCACAAAGCCAAUUGAAUGCAAAUGAGAAGAAAGUGUACGAGUUCGUGGUCCGGCGAUUCCUUGCUUGCUGCUCUGAAGACGCAAGAGGUCAAGGCAGUGAGAUUGAAAUUCAAUAUGGGGAAGAAUUAUUCCAUGCCAAUGGUCUGAUCGUGCUGGAGAGAAACUACCUCGACGUUUACGUCUACGAUAAAUGGGAAAGCAGUCAACAACUCCCCAAAUUCGAGAAAGGAGAAGUCUUUGAACCUACCGAGGCAAAUAUUGCUGAAGGCAAAACCACAGCUCCAAGCUUCCUGACAGAACCCGAGCUGAUUGGUCUGAUGGACGCCAAUGGCAUUGGCACCGACGCGACCAUGGCAGAACAUAUUGCCAAGAUUAAGGAACGCGAAUACGUCGUUGUGCACCAGCGAGGUACUGGUCGCACGAAGGUUGAAGAACUCAUUCCAACCCGACUGGGCACUGCCCUCGUCGAAGGGUACGAUAAUAUAGUUGCGGGCCUUUCAAAUAGUAUCUCGCUCAGCAAGCCUUUCCUUCGCAAGGAGAUGGAAUUGCGCAUGUUAGAGAUCUGUGCCGGCACGAAGACCCGGCAGGAGGUGGUGCAGCAGAGUCUGGAUAUGUAUCGAGAGGUCUUUAUUCAUACCCAACGGCGGAUUGAGAUGUUGAAAGCCGCGUGCCGCAAAUAUCUUGUUGAGUGA